AUGCCUUUACUUUCAUCUUUAGAGGGUAUCUCGUCAACAGUGUUCUCCAACACCUUCAUCGAACUCCCAUACCCCAAAGGCCAUCUCAGCGGACAGACAAUCAUCGUAACAGGUUCAAACCAAGGACUCGGUCUCGAGGCCAGCCGCCACCUAUUGCGCCUAGGCGUGGAAAAGCUGAUCAUGGCCGUACGCAAUCAGAAGAAGGGCGAAGAUGCAAGACAAGAACUGUUGCAAUCCACGGGCCGCGAAGAAAGUUCAGUCGAGGUGUGGCUGCUGGAUAUGGAUAGCUAUGUCUCAGUCAAAAGCUUUGCCAGCCGUGCUGCAGCUCUACCUCGUCUUGAUGCUCUAUUGGCAAAUGCCGGGCUGAUGACCAAUACAUUCAGUAUAUCGGAAGGGGACGAGCAAACCAUCACAGUCAACGUGGUGAGCACGUUCUUGCUUAUUGCCUUGCUUGUUCCCAAACUGCGAGAAUCCGCUUCCAAGUUCAAUAUCACACCUCGCAUCACCAUCCCAAACUCGGCUUUGCAUUAUAUCGCCUCUCUUGGGCAGCUGGAUCCUCAAACCGAGGGCGGUAUCUUCAAAUCGCUCAACAACAAAGAAGCGUCCAAUAUGGCGGGUCGAUACCCAUUGUCAAAACUGCUGGUAGUUUUCGGUGUGCGCGCAUUUGCGGAUCAGUUCGCACAGAGUAAAGCGCCGCUGGUUAUCAUCAACACGCCAAACCCCAGCUUCUGCAAGUCCCAAUUGGCGCGAGAAACGAACAAUGUCGGUCUCCGUGUUUCUGAAAAGCUGCUCGCUCGUAGUACGGAGGAGGGUAGUCGUGCUUUGGUCCAUGCCAUCAUGGCUGAUGAGAAAAGCAAUGGGCAGUAUUUGACAAACUGUCGCGUUCACAGUCCAUCUUGUAUCGUGACCGAUGGAAAGGGAGUUAAGAUCCAGGAAGCGUUUUUCAAGGAGCUGGUCACCAAGUUGGAGAAGAUUGCACCAGGUGUGACAUCUUGUUUUUGA